AUGACUUCAGAUAAUCCUUGGAAAGAAGAAACUUCCGAGUUAACCCCCACACAAUCACCACAAAAAUCUACAUUAUCAAAUACUUCAACAAAUUCAAAUUCUUCAACUCCUUAUAGUUCUAAAAAACCAUCAACAACUGGAGGAGAAUUACGUCCAUUAAGAUUAACAAAACAAAGAUCAUCAACUUCUUCAAAUUCUACACCUACAUUAUCUUCUUUUUCAACUAAUAAUAAUUCACCAAGUAGAAAAUCAAGUGUACCAAAUAAUACCCCAACUGAAGAUGGUUUCCAAUGUCGGCCCAUGAGGCUAGGUUCUCAUCGUCAGAACUCAGAAGCUGGUGAAUCAUUCACGAGAAAAAAUUCAGAAACAUCAUCAAUACAACGUAAAAAAUCAAUCCAAAUCAAAAAUUUACCAAUUAACAAAAGAAAUAGUGAAACCAGUGUUCAUUCAUCAGAUCAUAAAGAUAAAUAUGAUGAUAUGAUUUUUGCAAUAUGUCUAGUUGAUUUUCAUCAUCAAAGAGGUCCGGAAGUUCAAUGGUGGAAAUCAAGAUAUCAUCCAGAUUACAAUCCCGAAUUAUUUAAAAAUAUUCCAUUCCAAGCAUUACCUGAUGGCUCUCAUUUAUUUGAAGAAACAUUUCUGAAUUUCAAUUUAGUUUACGAUUUUGAUCAAGGUAACUCAAUUGAUGAUUUUGAAGCAUUAAAUAAUUUCAAAGGUGAUCCAAGACAUCUCAAGACUUUAUUUGGUUGUUCAUGUGUUCAUCAAGUUAAAACUAGUGAUUUAAGUACUGAAGAAAAAGAAAGAAAUAAAGAUAUUACAAGAUCCAUAGUACAAAAAGCAGUUGUUGUUAUAGUCAGAAAGCAACCGAUUUUCACCAAAAUUAAAGAAAAAUUAUCAAUUAUCACCAAAAGUUAUUUCCUACAAGAAAAAUUUAAUGAUUAUGAAGUUUUGGAACACUUAUUUGAUAAUCUAAAUAAUCAAUACAAAUUAUUAGAUAAUGAACUACAUAUAAAUGAAUUAGGAGAAGAAGAAAACUAUAUAAAUUUGAAUCUACGAUCAUCAAUACUAAAAUUCAAACAAGAUUAUAUGGUAAUUUUCAAAGCUUUACUACUUGAAAAGAAAAUUUUAAUAUAUUCAAAUAACAACUUGGAAAGUUUAACUCAAUUUCAAAACAAUUUAAUUUCAUUAAUUCCAAAUCUCAUUAAUAAUCUAGAUGAUUCGGGAUGUCCAUUAAUUGAUUAUAUUGAAACCAACGGCCCAUUAAAAAAGCCAGAAUCAUUGAAACAAAAUAGCAGGUCAUCGAUGUUGAGAUUUUUUGGAUUACCUUUACAAAUAUUCAACACAAAAAAUUCAUUUUGGAACCCCUACUUACCACUACAACAAUUGAAUGAACUAAAAAUUGAAAGUUUUAUGGUUGGUUGUUCUAAUUUAUUAUUUGUUAAUCAAGCUACAUUAUUUGGUAUAGAUUUGUUGAUCAAUCUAGAUACUAAUGAAAUCUCAUACCCAAAAUCUAUAUCACAACCGGACUUUUUUGGAUUAAGUAGUCAAGAUAAAAAGUUCAUGAAUAACAUUAUCAAUAAUGCUGAUUCAAAAGAUGACUUUGUUGGAAACGAUGAUCAUAUAAGAUAUCAAUUUGAAGAUUACAUAAAUCUGUUAAUUUCAACAACAAGAUUUAAUCAAUAUCAAGAAAAAAUGAAUCAACCACCACCUGGUUUCAAAGAUGUAAGUGUAGGUCAUUUAUCAGAAUUCAAUAAGUCAUUUAUUGAAAAUUGGUCUAAGACUCAAAAUUUCAAAAUUUGGAAUGCAAUGGCUGAUGAAUCUAUUUUUGAUUUUGUUGAUCCAAAACAUAUUAGUCAUUCUUUAAUAAAUCAACCAGUUUCAAUUAAUAAAAAUAUAGCUAAUUUUUUUAAUAACUUUAAAUUUCAAAAAUCUACCAGUUCAAUUGAUGAAGAAAAUACUAUAAAAUCUCAUAAAUUUAUAGAAAAAGAAAAUAAUUCAAGUGGUGAUAAUGAUGAACAAAAUGAUACUGUUGAUGAAUUAGUCGCAGGAUUUGAAAAGGUAACUAGCACCACAACCGAAGAAGAUAAGAAACCUACUACAAAUAAUAACGUUGCUAAUAAUGGUUGGGCAAAUUGGGCUUUCAAAAAAAAAUAG